AUGGAGACGUUGCAAUCAUCAGAGAACCUCCGCUGUACUCUUUGUAAAACAAAUGAAACCUCGAAAUGGCAUUUCUCAUUAGACGACAACAUGCUUUACUGCAUAAUGUGUUAUUAUCAAGCUAAAAGCAGAGGAAAAAUUCGUGAAGCUGAUGUCUUCGAAGUCAUAAAUAACUGUGAAGCAAAAAAAGCGGAAGAGAAACACGAAAGCGAUAUGUAUGAGAUGAUCGACUUCUAA